AUGUCAGAUACAAAUUCACAUACAAUUACAGAUGAAAGUAAAGUAGGACCACCACCAUUCCACAGUGAUUCAGAUGAUGAUGAUGGUUGGGACAACAAUAACAAUAAUAAUAACAAUAACAAUAACAAUAACAACAACAACAACAACAACAACAACAACAACAACAACAACAACAAUAAUACUGAUGGUAAUAAUGAUGGUAAUAAUACUAAUCCAUAUCAUGGAGGUGGUAAAGACAAAGAUGAUUUCAAUAUGGACAACGCCCAAAUUGGAUAUACCGACCAUGAUGUUGAUGUCAAUUUAUUCCUUAAGGAUAAAUUUGAUCCAUGUUUUAUUAUUAAUAAUUCAAAAUAUGUUUCAUGGAGAAGUGAUGCUUCCCAAGGCCAACUUCAACUAGGAAACACUUUAAUUAGUUACACUUGUUACCCAGUUGGUGCCCUUCUUGUAAAGGUUUAUGGUAAUACACCACCAAGUGUUACAGAUUUCGGUGUUCAAAGAACUACUGGUUAUAGUUCCUCUGAAACAAAAGAAGUUCAAAGAGAUUAUCGAUUUAGUGUUGGUAUCACAGGUGCAAGCUUAGGAUUCAAAGUUACCACCAGAAGUAUUCUUACAACAAAUUUGGAGAGUAAAAGUGAUAUUGCAUGGACUCAAGAUUUACCAGGCCUCCAAAAAUACUACGUAUACCAAAGUUGUUUGUAUUAUGUUUUUGCUCUAAAUAAUAAUGAUUCCCUCCUUGCAUCUAAAAACACAAGUUAUAAAAUUAAAUAUAUUAAUGGUAAAAAUUAUCUUUUCGUUGGUUUUAACAGAAAUGAUACUUGUAUUUCAAAAAAAGAUUGUGUUGUUAAUAUUCCAACAGAAAAAGAUUUUAUUGAUUAUCUUGCUGCAAACCCAUCCAAAUGGGUUUUGUCUUAA